ACCGUUCCACGUUCCAAGUACGCGAUAUACUCUGUCCAUGGUAAAAGUGUGGGCCGUUGACAGCAGAGUCGAUUCACUGGAGUAGUUUACAUCGUAGGUGACGGAUCAAUAACUGGAGAAAUACGAAGCGAAGCGAAUCAUUUUACGUUGUAAAGGCAGCUAGGUGGUGAGAUGUGAAGUGUGUCAUGUCUCUCGAAGAUCCAUUUUUUGUAGUGAAGGAUGAGGUCACCAAAGCCUUGAAUCGCACAAGGGGUUUGCAUCACCAUUGGGAACAACUGCAUAGAGAAGGCAUUGUUUUUUCCAAAGACGAUUUGCAGAAAACCACCGCAGAGCUCAGAAAUUCAAUUAGGAGUAUUGAGUGGGAUUUAGAAGACCUUGAAGACACCAUUGCUAUUGUCGAAAAGAAUCCUAGUCGUUUCCGACUAAACAGCGCUGAAGUUGUCCAACGGAGAUUUUUCGUUCAGCAAACUAGAGACGAGAUUGGGAGUUUCAAAGAAAAGUUGCAAAUCAUGAGGGGCCAAGAUUUUGAUCAUUCUGCGAGAAAGCCGCUGCUCGAAAAUGCAAGUCCGACACGAAAGGCACCAAAAAAUACGUCCGCAGGGUACGUUCGCAUCCCUAUUGAGGGAGAUCGUGAGGAUGACGAUGAUGACAAUCAAGUGAAAAGCAUAGUACAGCAGCAGGCAUCGUUAGUGAAACAACAGGAUGAACAACUAGUCUUGAUAUCUGGAUCCGUAGGUACGUUGAAGAGUAUGUCAAGACGUAUCGGUCACGAACUUGAUGAACAGGCACUAAUACUUGAUGAAAUGGGACAUGAAAUGGAAAACACCGAUACAAAGAUAGAUUCGACAUUAAAGAAAAUGGCUAAGGUUCUUCGCAUGUCGAACGAUCGCCGCCAGUGGAUGGCCAUAGGAGUUUUAACUGGGCUGAUGGUUAUUGUGAUUAUAUUAUUUUAUGUUCUCUAAAGGGUCUUAGUUCAUUAUGUCAUUAGAAAGUAUUUCAUUUUAGCUUUAUUCGUGUAUCCGAAUUUGUUGUCUUUCAGAAUUUAUAUUUAUUAUAAGCUAUAUUUUAAAUGAGUGCCACAUUUUUUCGAUGUCCUGGUAGACUAAUGUUAUUGGACAAUCUGUCAAAUUGUGUGCGUGGCGUUGCCGUACACGAAUAGAUUCCUGCAGCAGGCAACUCAUUCUGCAUUCCACUUGUAAAUUUUGUAUUGCUCCAUUUGCACGAUUUUACUGUUUACGUCUGAAUCAUCUUUUUGCAAGGAUCGUAUAUAUACCGUUUAAAACAAAGAAAAA